AGAGUGAGUGAUAGAAACAAACGUGUUUCCACGUAUCAGGUGAUGGUAAUAACAUUGAGAACAUCAUGGAAGAGCUGUCAGAGGGCCAUCUGCUGAAAACCAAACCACGGAAUUCUAAAGGGCCACAUCCAAAAAAGCAACGCAACUUCGGGCACCUUAGAGAACAGUGGGAACAGCAGGUGUCAGCAGCAGAGAACAAACCUGACUGGAAGAGCAAGAAGCAAGUAAGCCAGGCAGUUCAACCUGAGGGCACUGCCAAGGGGGAUAACAUUACCAGAAAGAAACUGAGCAGGAAAAGGGCAGAGUCCAAAGACAAUAGAAGCUUGUUGGAAGAGUCUUUCAAAUGCAGUGACAAUGAACAAGGUGAGAAGAGUGAUAGAAACCAAUAUGAUUCCUUUGAAGCCAUGCGGGACAAAGAUCUUCCUGUAGAGAUAGACUUCAUGGAGCAGAAGCCUGUGAGUGAGCUGCCUCCCAGACAGGUAGCACUCGAUGUACUGAACAGCCCUAAAGUCCAGCUAGACAGGAAAUGCAAAGUAUCAGGUGAUGGUAGUAACAUUGAGAACAUCAUGGAAGAGCUGUCAGAGGGUCAUCUGCUGAAAACCAAACCACGGAGUUCUAAAGGGCCACAUCCAAAAAAGCAACGCAACUUCGGGCACCUUAGAGAACAGUGGGAACAGCAGGUGUCAGCAGCAGAGAACAAACCUGACUGGAAGAGCAAGAAGCAAGUAAGCCAGGCAGUUCAACCUGAGGGCACUGCCAAGGGGGAUAACAUUACCAGAAAGAAACUGAGCAGGAAAAGGGCAGAGUCCAAAGACAAUAGAAGCUUGUUGGAAGAGUCUUUCAAAUGCAGUGACAAUGAACAAGAUUUGCCUAUGUUUUCUGGCCCUCUGUCCAUAAAGAGCCUUUCUUUCAUCAAGGCAAACAUCAAAAAGCAGACUCAGCCAAGCUGCAUGCCAACUUCAAAGCCACCUACUGAACAGCAGAGAAGUAAAGAAAUCCAGAAGACAGAUUUGCUAAGCACAGACAAAGAAAAGGCUUGCCAAGAUGCCUCCCAGCAGACAAAUACCCCAAACAGUGAGAAACCAUCUGGGAAAAGACUGUGCAAAACCAACCACUUGAUACCCCAGGAGCCUAGGCAGGCUAUGCCACUGACAGGGGGUUACCAAGUGAAGAAUGAUGACAGCAAGGUGACACUUAGGGUGAUCCAGCCUGCUUUAGACUGUCAUCCAUCACCAGCUGAGCAGUUUCUAAAGCCCUUCAGCCAAUUAAAACAAUUUCUACCAAGCUUCCAGUCCAAAAAGCUGACAUGUUCAAGCUCUGCUCAAGAGACCACCCCAUCUUGCCCGAUGCCACCAGAAGCACGGAGACUGACUGUCAAUAAGAGUGCUGGUGAGACCCUUCUACAGCGAGCCGCCCAACUAGGCUAUGAGCAAUUGGUCUUGUAUUGCCUGGAGAACAAGAUUUGUGAUGUGAAUCAUAGAGACAACGCAGGUUACUGUGCCUUGCAUGAAGCUUGUGCAGGAGGGUGGCUUGAUAUUGUGCAACACCUUCUAAAUUAUGGUGCUGAUGUCAACUGCAGUUCCCAGGAUGGAACAAGACCUCUACAUGAUGCUGUUGAGAAUGAUCACUUGGAAAUUGUCCGUCUGCUCCUCUCCUGUGGUGCUGACCCAACUUUGGCUACAUAUUCAGGUCGAACCAUCUUCAAAAUGACCCAAAGUGAACUUAUGGCAAAGUUUCUGUCAGAUUAUUUAAAUGACCUACAGGGUUACAGUGAAAAUGAGGUGAAUGACUCUUGGGAGUUCUAUGGCAGGUCUGUCGGCAGCUCUGUCUGUGAACCAGAUAAUAAAGCUGGAUAUGAUGUUUUGGCAAACCCUCCAGGACCAGAGGAUGAGAAUGAUAAUGAUGAGACUUACAAUAAUGUGUUUGAAUUUGAAUUUUCAGAGAGACCCCUCUUGCCAUGUUAUAACAUUCAAGUGUCUCUUUCUCAGAGGUCGCAAAAUUGGUUAUUGCUUUCCGACGUUCUUAAGAAAUUGCAAAUAUCAUCCUGCAGGUUUCGCCGCAAUUUUCCAAAUUUGGAAAUUGUUACAAUUGCAGAGGCAGAGUUUUACCGGCAGGUUUCAACAAAUCUCUUGUUCGCUUGCCCCAAAGAGUUGGAAGCCUUCGACCCAGAAAGCAAGAACCUGUUGUAUUUAGUUGAAUACACAAAUGACCUUAAGUUUAUUCUUGGCUCUUCUCUGGAAUAUUUAAAUCCCAGUGAUGUAGCCUAGGAGAACGAGCAGUUAAGAAACACUGUGUACACUGUUUUAUAA